ACAUACAGUAAUAUCAUUACUCCAUUCUUUAAGACUUGAAUGGGCCACUUGGACUAAAUAACGCCAAUACAAACACUAUACACGACUUGAUAUUUUCGAACUGGGCCUAGGACGCAUACAGAUCAGGAAGAAACUGUGUUGACAUACCUUCAUUUCGAUAUAUAUGUAACAAGCUUAGGAUUACUAGGCCCAGUGCAGGUUCAGCACAGGCUGGACAGAGAUGGCUGGAAGACCUCCUUGGAUGGAGGCUAGUCCGCCUUGGAUGAAGCUGAACAUACCGCGACCGGGACAGUGUCCGAAUCCGGGCCCCAUGUCGCCCCGGAGGAGGCUGUGGACGGACGGCGACCCAGUAUGGAUACAGGUGGGCCAAGGCGCCGGGAAGUCGCAUUCGACGUCGCUGAGUAAAAGCACUGAAAGUGGUUUCUUCUCAAUUUCGCUCAGUGGCAAAAGUGAGGUCGGAACAUCUGGUCCUCCCGUAACACCCCUCAACGACAGGUUAAAGGAGUUCGACAAAAUAUCUGCAGAACCAGAAAACGAGACGGCGGAAGCUGAAAGAACGACUGCUAGUCAUGACAAUGACAAUCGUGACAAUAUUCGUGAAGACCCGGAUCAAGGGAUGUCACUUUCUGAUGCAGGUUUAUCGCCAUGUGACGUCACCACUGGAGGGGAUAUUUCAGUGAGGUCACCAGAGUGUGAGGAGCAAAUUAGAAAGGCGAUUGGCAGUAACUUUGAAGAAGUUACUGAAAAGAAAGAUAUUCAUUAAAGGGACAACAUUGGCGUGGGAUGAUCAGGUGUGCAGAGGGUAAUACUUCUGAUCGCCAUCAUCAUGCGCCUCCACCUGCCCUGUCAAACUAGCUUGACUUGAAAAGGACUGCUUGUGAUGGUGAGAGGCAGUUUUGGCCAUGGCGUACGGGCUUUAGGUAGGCCUAUGGUUGCAUUUCGUACAAGGAUACUGUUAAUUGUAGUUAAAUGAUUUUAUAGUGACCCUGUUUGGAACUGUCGCGGUCCUGCUGGAAGCCAUUUUAUUAAAACCACAACCGGGUCAUCCCACGCCCUGCUUGUCUCUUUAGCAUGUUUAGGUUAACACAACGUAAAUGGUAAUCAGGACCAGGUUGUACAAAAGCUCAAAAGUCACGUUAUCCUUAACGGUUACGUUAAGUAUCAUCAAGGACGUUAUCUCUUUCAGUUAAACUCAUUAAAAUGUUCACGUUAAGACUUGACAUCUCCGUCAAAGCUGACGUGGUUUUGAACAACUGAGCCCAGAAGACCACUCCAAAUACAUGUACCUGUCAUCGGCAUUUACAGUCCAAAUCACAACUCGCGUCAUAGGUUGCGCGUAAUUUACGCAAAAAAAAACAAAU